GUUUCGCAUGAAUCUCUACACCGAUUACGCUUUAAAGGCUCGAUUUGAAUUUUCGCGCGCUUUUCGCAUGUGACUGACUCGACUUGAAUAAAUAACGAGCUGAUUAUAUAUAUAUAUAUAUAUAUAGCUUUUUUCAGUAGUGCGGAUUUAUUUCUGGACCAACUUUCUAUAUUGAAGGGUUACAACAAACCAGCAAUUCAAGUGACUUCGACUAGACACUGUGCAAUUUUAUUUUUAAAAAACUCCUUAUGGUAUCUAGAAAUUUAAUACUAUUGGCCUUGAUACCAUAACCAUAAAGACUUAAUUUACAGUGCUCAAGAAUGUUUUAAAGAAAUAAUGGUGUCUAUAAUUUCCUUGAGUGAAGUGUAGUGUGUUAACUUUCAGAAGAAAUUUAAGGGAGUUUUUUUCAAUAUGCUGAUGUACAUGUUACGUGGGAUGAUGGUCAGUUCUUGGUGGAUGAUGGUUUUUCUUCAAUUCAGCACAGUGUUUUCUGGUGGAGAGGCGGCCCACGCAGUAAAAAGGUUUACAGGGUUAUAUACUGGCCCUUACUUUGACCCUACGACAGCCACUAAUAUCACCACGCAGCUCGGGACCCACGCCUAUUUGCCCUGCAAGGUCAAACAACUCGGGAACAAAUCGGUAUCCUGGAUUAGGAAAAGGGAUGCCCAUAUACUUACGGUGGAUCGGUACACUUUUAUAGCCGACGACCGAUUCCAGGCGUUUUUAGUGGAAUCGACCGAGACCUGGACGUUACAGGUGAAAUACGUUCAGGCCAGGGACGCUGGACAGUAUGAGUGCCAAGUCAGUACUGAACCGAAAAUGAGCCAUUUUAUUACGCUCAAUGUUGUUGUACCUAAAAUAGAAAUAGUAGGAGAGCCAGAUAGAUUUGUGAAAGUGGGCAGCAAAGUCGAACUGAGAUGCGUGAUCACGCAGGCGCUAGAAGAACCAGCAUAUAUAUUUUGGUACCACGAUGGCCAAAGGGUACUAAAGUACGAUAAGAGUGCCAUAGAUAUACAGUUAGAAAGAGAAGCUCCCGAGACAACCAUAAGUACCCUGGUUAUUUACUAUGCAAACCCUGAAGACUCUGGAAAUUACACGUGCAGCCCUUCAAACCUGGAUUCCUCCUCUGUUUUACUUCAUGUUUUAAAUGGUGAACAUCCAGCAGCAAUGCAACGUGGCAAGAACUCAGCUUCCCCAAUUCCUGGUUGGUCCCAUCUUUCAGUUGCGUUGGGAUUAGCUGCCUGCACCCCACCCCGUUUCGCUAUCGCAUUUACCCUAACCCUGGCCAUGAUUAGCGAAUUAAUUUCGUAUUAAACAUCGGUUCUCCUUUAAUGGGACUUAAGGGUGAAUAUGCCAUUUUGAUUUUUAAUGUGAAUAAAUUUUUUUAUCGGAAAAAAAGACGUUUUGCCCAAAACAUCAAUGAAAUAUUGAUAUCUGAAGAGCCGCUGUUAGUAGAUGUUUAAUAUUUAAUGGUGUAUUGAUCGUACAAUAUUUUUGAUGGCAUACUAACCGUUUUCUCCCCAUAUAGAGGCACCUUGGUUGUGGUAAAAAUGAAACAUAAAGGGGAUGAAAUAUAUCAUAAUUUACCGUUUUAACGCUAGACAUUAUUUAUAAAAAUGUAUAUUACAAUUUAUUUUUAAAUGAAACUGAUAGGAUAAACUGAGCUUAGUAGGUACAAGGAAUUAAGCUAUACUAAUUUUACUUUAAAUAGAUCUUAGGUGAAAUUGAACGGGGUAAGUUGUACAUAUAUUUAAUAGGAUAAGCUCUUACACUACAUUUUAGGGAGGUUAAAUAAAUUGGACAAACUAUUUCGCCCCCUUUGUGUACAUAUUUUCAGACUCACUGUAACAUUUUAAUAAAAUAGAUUUUGUAUUAUCAAUGGAGAAUAUGUAAGUAUUUAAUGUUAUCAUAAGGGUUUAUAAUGGUUUUAUUGUAAAAUUAAUUAUUCUCUAGCCGAUAGAGUUAAAUCGGUUUAACUUAAGGCAAUUUUUGUUUGAAAAUUCACGACCCUGAUGGGUUUGAAUAACAACGAUAAUUUUUCUAUGUUUUUUGUUUUUCAAUCCGUUGCACUUUUAAAUCCGAACUCUACUCACAAUGGAUAUUACCCAGAGUAAAUCAUUGCGUUGUGCCCAAAUAUAAUUUUGUCAGUGUUUGUUCAGCGUGUCGAAUGGGACGCAAACGCUAACAAUAAUUAUUCCAAUUGGUGUCAUGUUCAUACAAACUGAACCGACGUUUACUCAGAUCAGUUCUGUUAAAAGGGCAAAUUAAUUUAAUACCCGUAACAUUAAUCAAUUUCGAGUAAUUAUUAUUAUCUAUGUCUGGGUAUGUAUGUUAGGUCCGGAUAAUGUUUGCUUACAUCUGUCAUCAAGGAUAUAUUAUGGUACUUAUGGGACUGCUAGAUGGAUCAUUAAUACAGUUAAUUUUUAAUAUUAAAUCGGGUCAUAAAACCUCCAAGAGGAUUAUCGAAUAUUAUCUGUGUUUCAUAACAUAAAGCGCUUAUGUCGAAAUAGCUUCACCUAGAGUAAAGUUAAAUUUAAAUCAGAUAUUGCCGGAAAUAAGCUCUUGAGUCCUACCGCCAGAAUGGCAUCUCCCAACGGGAAAUUGAAGAAGUUAACCUCCAACAGAUUCGAGGAAAAUAAUUAAGUUUAUUUUUCACUCUAAUUUCCUUUAUGUAAGUUUAUUAUUGUUAAAUAUUACUAUUGCAUAUGAGGAAAAUACCAUUUUUACUGAGGAAACAUGCCACGAAUGUUAUCACGAAAUUCUGAAAGAGGACAUGCGCACAUACAAUAAAUGUGAUGACAGUCCAGUAAUGAUGUCAUGCCCUAGAUACACGGUGUCAAAUUUGUAUAUUUAUUCGUAAAAAUGUUAACCUAAUUAAUUUUAUAUUCUAUUUAAUAAUUAUGCAUUUUACAUCAUACGAAUUUGCUUUAAAUAAAUAAAAUAAUAACAAAGAUAAUCUUCGCUUUUCUAAAAAUUCCUUAAUUAUAAGAGAAAUACAAAUAUUCUUUAUUGCCAACCCAUUCUGAUGGCAACGCAAGCAACGUCAAAAGGGAAUGACAAUAAGAGUUUUAUUCAGUUCAAUAAUUAAAUAAAAAGAAUAAUCACCCGAAGCCGUACUGUUAUUUUAAUGACUGGUUUUAUAAUAAAUUUCUAUAAAGACACUUACUAUUGCACCAUGUUUUAUUGAACCAUUGGCAAAUUUUGAAACUCCGUAAAAACGCCCUUGUAAACUGCCUGGAAUAAGAUAUCAAGAAAUUCGUCCUAUUUAAAAAUCAUCAACUGCCUGGAAAAAUUAUUAUCAGCCAAAAAUGAGCAAUGAUAUUAACUGCCUAGAAUAAAAAUUGAAAACAAGGUCUUCCAGCCAGUUAAAGUCUUAUUUAAAAAUCAUAAAUUGCCUGGAAUAAUGACCAAGAAUUAAUUUUAGCCAUGAAAAAAUAAAAACCCUAAGUCUCGGUCUUAAAAUAUUUUUUAUGUCCCAAAGUUUACAUGUUUCGCUUAAAAUAAAGCAUCAUCAGAUUCCCUGUUUUUUUUUUUUUUUUUUUUUUUUAAUUAUUAUAUUAUUAUAAAAUAUGUUCGUAUUCUCCGAUUUUAAAUUUUAUUUGUCAGUACAAAGCAGGUCAUCUUAUCUGAGAGAUAUUACUAGUUUAUAAGGUAAUUUUAAACUUUGAAUUUGUUUUAGUGCAGGGUUUUAUUGUAAUUACGUGUGUUUUUCUGUUUAUUGUAGGUCUGAUGACGUUUUAUUAUAAGCGAAACAUGUAACCUUCGGGACAUAAAAAAUAUUUUGAGAGCGAGACUUAGGGUUCUUCCAGGUCUCUUUGAGAUAAUGGACGAGUUCUUUCAAUUAAUUUUAGCCGUCUAUGAAAAAAUAAUAAAUAACUUAACAAUAAGAUAUUGAAAGGAUUCUUCCAUGCAGUUUAAAAAUCGAGAACUGCUUUUAAUAAGAAACGAUUCCAAUUUCCUGAAAAAAAAACUAAUAAUAACAUCAACUACGUGGAAUAAGAUAUUGAAAACAUUAUUCUAGGCAGCUGAAGAAUUAUUUAAAAAUCGUAAACUGCCUGGGAAAAAAUGAAUAAUGACAUUAAUUGCCUGAGAUAACUAAUAAACAUUUAUUUCAGCUGCCUAUAAAAAUAAUAAUAAUUACAUAAACUGUAUGGAAUAAGGUAUUGAAUGAAUUCUUUCAGGCAGUUGAAGUCUUAUUUUAACAUCGUCAACUGCCUGGAAUAAGAAAUAAAUAAUGAUUUUGUGAAUUUAGUGAUUGUAUUUCAGCUGUACAAUGAACUUCCGCUCAAUAUUAAAUAUUUGAGCAUAAAAUUGAGCAUUUAUUAUUAAACUCAUAAUUUUGACAUUAUUUUCAGAAUUCAAAAAAAUUGUCCAUUUUUCUCAAAGAGACCUCUUCAUAAUAAAAAUUCAGAGAUUGAAUUCAAUUCAAUUAUUCCAGGCUGUUACCAAUUUUUAAUAAGAUUUUAGAAUUGCAAUUAGACAAUCAAGUCAUUCAAACAUUUUUGAUUUUCGGGAUCCGUGAAUAUAUUUUUUCUGUCUUUAAGAUAAAAAUUAUUUUAUUAUUCCAGGCAGUUGAUCCAUGGACUUUUUAAAUACCAGUCAAUUAAAUUAUAGAUUUAUGUUUCCAGAUAGUUAAGUUAUCAAAACAUUUAUAAUUUUAGAAGCCCUAAAAUUUUUUUUUUUGAUUUUAAGACUCUUAAAUGCUUUUAUAAUUUCAUGCAGUUGAGUCUUAAAAUUCCAGGCAGUUAAACCUUGGAUUUUUUAAAUUCUAAUAAAUUUGUAAAAAAGAGCCAAAGAAAAGUUUAAAUAAAUAAAAUAUAAAAAUUCGGAAACAGAGAUUAAAGGAACAGAAAGUUAAUGGUCUCAGAUUAUGUUUAUUUUUAAAAAAAAUUAUUACACGUGUUUCGCCCUAAGGCAUCAUCAGAUCGGCAAAGCUAUUCAAUGUGAACGUCUGCAAUAUUUUUUUUUUACUUAACGUUUGUGGUGUUAAACGAAUAGCUUUACCGAUCUGAUGAUGCCUUAGGGCGAAACACGUGUAACAUUUUUUAAAAAAGAAACAUAAUCUGAGACCAUUGACUGUGUCCCUUUAAUCUCUGUUUCUGAAUUUUUAUAUUUAAUUAAACUUUUAUUUUUUUUUUACUUUUCUUUGACUCCUUUUUACAAAUUUAUUAGAAUUUAUAAAAUCCAAGGUUUGACUGCUUGGAAUUCUAAGACCCAACUGCCUGGAAUUAUAAAAGCAUUUAAGAGUCUUAAAUUCAAAAAAAUAUUUUUAGGGCUUCUAAAAUUAUAAAUGUAUGGAUAACUUGACUGUCUGGAAACAUAAAUCUAUAAUUUAAUUGCCUGGUAUUUAAAAAGUCCAUGGAUUAACUGCCUGGAAUAAUAAAAUAAUUUUUAUCUUAAAGACAGAAAAAAUAUAUUCAUGGAUCCCGAAAAUCAAAAAUGUUUGGAUGACUUGAUUGGAUAAAAGCCUGGAAUAAGAAAUAAAAAUUAUUUCAACUUCCUGAAAUAAUUUGAAAAUGACUUCAAAUCUUGAGAAAAAUCAAGAAAGAGUCAAAUACCAAGAACCAAAGGAAAUUUAAGAGCAAAAUCGUAAUUUUUACAAAAUUAUUUGGAUUAGUUAUUCUUAUGACUUCAACUGCUUGGAAGAAUGAUUUUAAUAUCUUAUCUUAUGCUGUCAUUGCUCAUUUUUUAUAGACAGUUAAAAUUAUUUUCGUUUAUUCAGUAUUCCAGGCAAUUAAUGUCACUAUUCAUUUUUUUGCUAGGAAAUUCACACCAUACUUUAUUUUUUAUUCCUGGCAGUUAAUUUUAAAAUUUUAUUUCAGGCAGAUCAACUGCCUGGAAUAAUGAAUAAAAAUUAAUUUCAAUUUUCUAUAAAAAAUUAAUGUGUGAUAAGCUAUUCUUCAGAAUAGAGAACAUUCUUCCAGGUAGUUGAAGUUUUAUUUGUUUUAUUUAAAAAUUGUCGAUUGAUUUUAAUUUUCUAAAAAAAAUUAUAACAUUCGUCUAGAAUAAUGAAUAAUAAAAUUAAUUGCCUGGAAUAAGGGAAUGAAAUAAGAGAGUGAAAACAUUCUUCCAAGCAGUAUUAUUUAAAAAACGUCAACUACCUAAAAAGAAUUGUAAGUCAACUUUACAGCUGUUGAUGACGCCAUUUUCAAGAUACAGGGUGUCAAACUUUAAGACAAUUUUCUCGUAAAAAUCUGAAAUUAAUUUUGGGCAGUUUUUUAUUACCUUUACUCCUAUGUUUCUUUGCAAUUUUUCAUCCCCAAAAUUCCUUUACUCCUAUAACUUAAUUUAUUGAUAUUUUUAAAUUUCAAUUUAGAUCGAAUAAAAAAAAAAUUAAGGUAAUAAGUGCGUCAAAAAAUAUCAUGUUCUACCUAAAUAAGUUAUUAUUUUAGGAGCGAUAAAAAAUCCCAGAAUGCAUAACUUAAAUGCCUACGAAGACCCAACUUUAUAAUAGUUACUCUGAUUUCUAAUAAAACCAUUUUAAAGCCGCCCAAAUCGGUACCGAGAAUUAGAUAAAUAAGCCAUUAACAAUUUUUUAACAUAUACUAAACAAUUUAUGUGCAUUAAACAUAACCACAAACAACAUUGUAACAUUUGGAAUAGUCCGAAGUGUUUUCGAAUAUUCAUCCCCAAUUUUAAAAUGAUUAGUUGAGGGCCUAAAUUUAAGGUAACCAGGGUAGGUAUAUAAGGGCUGAUACCUUGGAUGUCACUGUCAUUAAUAUAUUUUAUUAUUUUAAAAUAUACUAGUGCUAGUAAUUUUUUUAAGAAAUUUAAAAACGAGAUUGUUAACAAAAGAGUCUUAGUCCAGCUGAAUUGUACUUACUUUGCUGUGAGGUAAAUUAUAAACUAAGGAUAGUUAAUGUUGCGUUUGUAAAUAGUUUUUUUAUAUCCUAGUAAAAGCUGUGAGGCACAAUUGGUAUCUCAAGGGGCUUUAUAAUAAUUUUACUAUUUUAAGUACCUACACAUAUAUUAAAUGUAAGUUUUAAAAAAAACGAUGUAAAAUGACUUAUUAGGCUAUUGAAUAUGUAAAAAAUAGGGUUGUACUAGAAAUUGAUUUAAAUGGUUUGAAUACAUCUCAAGUACAUAAUCAAUAGCUUAAAUCAACACGGUUGAUUCUUCACAUUGAGUAAGCUGUAUAAAGAUUUGCGCUGUACACAAAAUAUUGUUAAUUAAUUAUAAAUUGUUUUGUUUGUUACGUUUUAGUUUGUAUGCAAGAUGAUUUUAUUAAGGGAAUAAAACAUAAAAAACUGUGUCUAUAUAAAUGUUCAUAUUUCAACUCGAGAGUUCUGCUGUUACGGAUAUAUCUGUAUUAGCCAUAGAACAUUACCUUUUUUGUGUCCAAUUUAUUGAUGUAUUUUAGAUAAGAGCAGAAUGUAACCCAUCUUUAUGUUAAAUAUAUCGUUAAAAUGA